AUGGCGAGGGUCAGGACCCAUCAUGGUGCAAGUGUGGACCCACAGGUCAAGGCCUAUACCACUGAACUGAGGGAAGAGCAGGACAAAGAUUCGGAAGCCUUGAACGAGCGGCUUCAGCUGGCAAAGACGAAGUUGGAAUCCUGUCGAAGGAAAUCGAACAUCACGAUUCAACAAGUUGGAUUUUUUCUCAGCGUCGUGAUGGGCAAAAAGAGCAUGGAGGUUGUCGAUCAUGCAGAGGUCCGGUGGCUCUUCUUUGAGUUCUUCGCCGCCUUGAUGAUUGUGGUAAAUUCAGUGGUGAUGGGUUUGGAGGUCGCGCAUCUCGCCUCUCACAUGAGUCCUUCUCAACCUUUGCAGAUUAUCAGCCUUCUCUUUACAAAUUGGUUCAUCCUUGAAGUCAUCAUCCGCAUCCGUGUGACGGGCAUCAGGAACUUCUUCACCAAACAUGAAUGGAUGUGGAACUUGUGCGAUUUGGUAUUGGUUUUCAUAAGUAUCGUUGAGCUUGGCUAUACUUCUUUCGGAACCAGCUCCACCUCCAGGUCGCCGUUGUCCACCCUGCGAGCCAUCAAGAUCAUCCGGGUGGUGCGUCUCUUCCGGUUGUUCCGCUACUUUCCGCAACUGGCGAAGCUUGCCCUCAUGGUUGCUGAUUCAGUGCGGCAGUUGCUCUGGGCCCUGGUCAUGUUCAUUUUGAUCAUGUACGUUUGGGCAGUGACCUUGACCGAAGGAUGCACGGACUGGCUCAAAUUGCAUGUGAAUGUUACGGAUGGCGAUGCUGCAAUUGCAAGACAAAUUGAGUCACUUGGUCCUGGUUGUUCCUUUCUGUCCACGAGAAGUCCUUUCUGCGGCUGGAUGAUGGAAAAAUGA